AUGGCAACACGCAUCCUCCGACCAUUCAAUCUCCACACCAUCAGCCGCGCACUUGGCUCCACGGGAACGCAUCAAUACUUAUCAGCCUCGCGCAUUUCACCCCUCCGACCAUUCUCAACCUCCUUCCGCAAGUACACACCACCCACCAUGACCGACGCACUCGUCCAGGCCGCCCAGACCCGCCGCACCAUCUACAAGCUGGGCAAGAACAGCCCUGUGCCCAACUCCAAGGUCGAAGAGCUGGUCAAUGCGGCUAUUCUGAACGUUCCUAGCUCGUUCAACACACAGUCGACUCGUCUGGUUGUUGUUCUACGCGAGGAGCACGAGAAGCUCUGGGAUAUCGCCAUCGAGGCAUUUGGCGGGCUUGUUUCGACUGGUGCCGUUCCCGAGGAGGUGUUUAAGAAUCAGACUCUGCCGAAGUUGCAGGGCUUCAGAGCUGCUCUUGGAACUGUCCUCUUCUACGAAGACCCAGCCCACAUCAAGGACUUCCAGGAGAAGUUCCCAGCCUUCUCAGACAAGUUCGAGCCCUGGGCCGACCACACCAACGCCAUGCAUCAGUAUUUCCUCUGGACGGCUCUGGAAUCGGUCGGGUUCGGCGCCAACCUGCAGCACUACAACCCUCUGAUCGACGCCAAGGUCGCUCAGCAAUGGAAUCUGCCCACCGAGUGGCGGCUGGUCGCACAGCUGGUCUUCGGUAGCCCCGAGGUCGAGGCUGGCGAGAAGGCGCAGAAGCCUAUCGAGGAGCGGGUGAAGAUCUUCGGCAAGCUGUAAAUUGGAGCUUGACGUCUUGAUGAAUUUCCUUUGUUUGCUCUAGCGUGAA